AGUCAAUACAGCCGACCUGACUACGUAACACAUUAUCAGUCAUAAGCGUUUGUUAUCUCAUUUCUGCGCAUAAAGCGCGUUUUAUGUUCGUGAGGCGGUUAAGGUGCGGGUCACAUCGCUCACCACUCAUCGCCAAGGCAAUGCUGCGUUUGCACCCUACACAAUUGGAAAUUUCGUAUAUACUCUCUUUCAGACUCACCGACGAUAGCUACGAUAGAAAUCUCUUUCUCUUUCUUGUCGCUGAUAAGUGUCUCUCACUUAUAAAUCACGUUCUUUAGUACACCUCCUUUACUACACCAACCAAUAUAGUCAACAUGGACUUCCUUGGCAACACCUCACAUCUUGAUUACAAGCCUAUAUCGCCAGUAUGGCCCACUGUAGUUCCUGAAGAUAUGAAACACGUUCAGAGCAUGAUCGCCAAUGAAGCUCUCGCCAUCGAGCUCGAGCAAGCACGGAUGAGGUUACUUAUCCCUCAGUACAGCAAGAUGAUGUGGGAUGGAGCGUGUCUUGGUGAGCUAUCACACAAAGAAACAGAACUAAAGGGAGCUUCAACGAAUCUCAGAAGCCGCGUUCAAAAUUAUGAAGCUUAUGUGGCAGGAUGGAAUAACACGGUCGGGAGCGUGGAACAGAAGGGAGAAAAAAGGAAGAGGGCUGCCGAGGAGGGAGGGAGUGAUGAGAGAUCCCCGCCGCGCGCCACCAAGGCGAAGACCUCCGAGAUGAAUACCAUGUCUGAUCCGCCUCGAUUCGAAGAAUCGUCUUCCGCCAUUCCACGUCCUAUCGUACAGAACCGGUAUAAGUCUGUUCGCAACGUCGACCCCAAGACCAUCAGUGUCGGCGAUAUCGGCUGGGCGCCGCUACCACGCAUGGCCCUAAGCAGUUCGACCAACAAGACCAUACCAUCCGAGUAUGGCAAGGUGAGCAUCAAGGUCUAUCCGUUUAUCAUCGUCAAGAAGCUGGAUGACUGCAUGCUCGGGGUCGUCAUCUCAACUGCCGGAGGCCAGGGUCUCAAGACGAAGAGCGCCUCCGUACGCCAGCGAAGCUGCUACGUCACUGGACCCAACUUCAAGGGAUUUGACGAUCCACCUUUCGGCUGGGCGAUGAGCCCUAGAUGUCAGAACUUGGUGGUUGUGGGGACAGGCUAUGAACCUGCACCAGGCGCUUUUGUUGAUAUGCUGGACAGUCACAAGAUCUACUACAAUUCCAGGUUUGAGAAGAGUGGGUGCCUUACGAUCCAGAGUAGAGUCGACCUGGGACGAAUGAGGCUGUCGGCACUGCUUUGGGGUGCGAGUGAGGGCUGAUACCUGGUGAUAGUAAUGGUCUGUGAUGAGGUCUUUGAGGUAGCCUGGUGUACGUCUAGCAAUUAUCGUCCGCCAGAUGUGAAUUGAUUCCAACCACGUAGACAUCUUCACUCUUCUUUUCCACAUCUUUAACAAUGCGUGAGUCCCUCUCUCAGUUCUACAUCACGUUUUGUCCCCAAAAGUUCGUGUCGAACUUUUUUCCAUACCCGUGCGCAUAGUUGCAGUUCCCUAAACGUCCUACA